CUCUCUCCUUUUCUGUGCCCUGGCCCUGCCCUCGGCCCCGGCGAUGCCGCGCAGCCCCUGAGCCGGCCGGGCUCCCCCAGCCAUGGCCAGGCCGCAGGCUCCGGCCCAGAGGCCGCAGGGACUUUAGCCCGGGGGGGCUCAGUGGGACAGGACGGCUCAGCCACGGGCUGGGGGAGGCUGAGAGCAGCAGAAGAGCCCCUGAAGCAAGACCCAACCCCCUGCCCUGUGUAUGAGGCUGGGACACAGGGCGCAGGACCCACGUCUGCAGGACACUGCUUCCGAUGUCCCGGCAUGAGGCUUCUCCGACAACGCUGCAACCCGCCAGCAACCACCGCCCCAACGCCUGCUGCUUCUGCUGGUGCUGCUGCUGCAGCUGCUCAUGGAACGAGGACCGGGAGCGGCCGUGGAGGGCAUCCCGGGAGACCAAACUGGAGACCAUCCCAAACUGUGAAGCGUGUGCCAAGCCCACCCCAGACGAGGUGCGGGGCUGGGCACAGUCCUUUGAGAAGCUGAUGAAGAGCCCGGCGGGUCGCAACGUGUUCCGGGAGUUCUUGAGGACUGAGUACAGUGAGGAGAACAUGCUCUUCUGGCUGGCGUGUGAGGAGCUCAAAACCGAGUGCAACAAGCACACCAUCGACGAGAAGGCCAGGAUGAUCUACGAGGACUACAUCUCCAUCCUCUCACCCAAGGAGGUGAGCCUGGACUCGCGGGUGAGGGAGGUGAUCAACAGGAAGAUGCAGGAGCCGUCCUCGCACACGUUUGACGACGCUCAGCUGCAGAUCUACACGCUGAUGCACAGAGACUCCUACCCCCGCUUCCUGAACUCUGCCAUUUACAGGUCGCUGCUGCACAGCGUGUCCCGCUCCUCCUCCGAGUCCUGAGCCCCGCCGGCGGGACCGGCCCGGCGCCGGGAGGGCUCAGCCGCCUCCUCCCGUCCCUCUCGGCCCCACCACGGGCAGGGGGGGCGGUU